UCUUCCGGACUGGUCUGAACCGACCUGAAGCAGAAAGCAGCCGGAGCAACACUACCGUCACCCGGACACAGUGAGCGGUCCACACGCACCCAGCUGCAGACAUUCAGUCCACAAUGUCCUUUCUCUGUGUGCUGAAGACUCGGCUCUUCUUCCGGCAGGUCUCCCCGGUCCUCCGCCUCCCCAUCACCGCCAUGCAGAGACACUACAGCCUGGAUGUCGCCGCUCCUCUGCUGCGGACGCAGGGCUACGUGGACGGCCGCUGGCUCCCCACAGCCUCGGUGUUCCCGGUGCUGGACCCGGCCACCGGGCAGGAGAUCGCCCGGGUGUCAGACUGCGGCCCGGCGGAGGCCAAGCUGGCUGUGGACGCUGCGUACAAGGCGUUUCACUCCUGGAAGCUGUACAGCGCUAAGGAGAGGAGCAUCCUGUUGAGGAAAUGGUUCGAGCUGAUGACGCUGCACAAAGAAGACCUGGCCAAGCUGAUCACCUUCGAAUGUGGUAAACCCAUGCAGGAGUCUCUCGGGGAGGUGGGGUACUCCGCCUCCUUCAUGGAGUGGUUUUCGGAGGAGGCUCGCCGAGUGUACGGCGAUAUCGUCCCGUCACCCGCCAGAGACCGAAAGAUCCUCCUCCUCAAACAGCCUGUGGGCGUCGCCUCCAUCAUCACACCGUGGAACUUCCCCAGCGCGAUGAUCACCAGGAAGGUCGCGGCUGCUCUGGCCGCCGGCUGCACGGUGGUGGUGAAACCGGCCGAGGACACGCCGCUGUCGGCGCUGGCUCUGGCUGAGCUGGCGGAGCAGGCGGGGAUCCCGGCGGGGGUGUUUAACGUGGUCCCGUGCUCCAGAGAGAAGACUCCAUCGGUCGGGGAGGUUCUCUGCACCGACCCUCUGGUGGCCAAGAUCUCCUUCACCGGCUCCACCGCCACCGGCAAGGUGCUGCUGAAACUGGCUGCUGACACCGUGAAGAAGGCGUCCAUGGAGCUGGGAGGCCACGCCCCCUUCAUCGUGUUUGACAGCGCUGAUGUCGACAAGGCGGUGGGCGGAGCCAUGGCCUCCAAGUUCAGGAAUUCUGGACAGACCUGCGUGUGUUCCAACCGCUUCCUGGUGCAGAGCGGCAUCCACGAUCGCUUCAUGGAGAAGCUGGGCCGAGCGAUGGAUGCCGAGCUCCGCCUGGGUCACGGCUCAGAGCCCGGUACCACCCAAGGGCCGCUCAUCAACUCCAGAGCUGCAGACAAGGUGGUCCACCAGAUAUCAGAUGCAGUGUCCAAGGGAGCGAAGGUGCUGAAGGGCGGGAAGCGUCUGGACGGGUCCUUCAUGGAGCCCACUCUGCUGGCCGACGUCACCACAGACAUGAUCUGCACCAAGGAGGAAACCUUCGGCCCGCUGCUGCCCGUCAUCAGGUUUAACACAGAGGAAGAAGCUCUGGCUAUCGCUAACGCAUCGAAUGUCGGGCUGGCAGGUUACUUCUACUCGCAGGAUGUCAGUCAGAUCUGGCGGGUGGCGGAGGCGUUGGAGGUGGGUUUAGUUGGAGUCAACGAGGGCCUCUUGUCCACCCCGGAGGCCACAUUCGGCGGGGUCAAACAGUCCGGUUUGGGCCGCGAAGGCUCCAAGUACGGCAUUGACGAAUAUCUGGAUGUGAAGUACAUGUGCUUCGGAGGCCUGAAACCCUGAAUCAGGAGGACGCUGCGCUGCAGGUCCAGUGGUAGUACACUCAUGUAACGGUGGUCAGAACUGUAGAUCUCAGGUUCUAAUUGAUUUGAUUUAACCCUAACCAAUACAAAAUAACCCUUUAAAUUAGAGUCGGAGGGGUCCAGACGUCUCUGGACACAGAAGUAUGUCAAACGAUAGGACACGUAUUGAGUAUUUGGUGCAUAAAAUGUGAUUUUGGACACAGCCACAGACGUGUUUGUGCUUAGUUACAGUUGCUAGGCUGUGAUUGGAAUUAUGAUGUUGGUGCAGACAUCAGAUACGAGCCAAUCAGAAUCUAGUAUUCUCUGUGACUAUUGCAUACAAGCCUCGCCGUUUUCUUUUCCCCCACGGUCACAAGCUCUACUCGCGUCAUCGCUUGUAUGAUUACUACUGAUAACAUCCUAUCUAUCAUAUUUGGGUUUAAUUACAUUUAACAUUUUUUUUCCCCCGUAAUUACGAAUUGGAAGUUAACAUGAACAAGUCAGAAACAGUAAUUACAAUGCGACGUGAACGCACCAUUAUAUUUUUUCCCACAUGGUAACAAGUCCCACAAGUGAAUUUUCUACAGUAGCACAUAGAUGAGUUUAAAAUGGUAAAGAAGCUGCAAAGCUGCACCGUGGUAAUAAACGGAGAUUUACUGUGAUAAAAUAAAUGAAAAUACAUAAAAUGUUUCGCUAGAUUUUUGUAAAAUCAUUGUGUUUGUAUUGAACAUCCUGAUGUCCUGUAGUAAGCCUGUAAAUGCGAAGUCUGUAUUUUUUUAAUAAUUAAAAUACUUAUAUGCUGACAUAUUUGGACACGUUCAAAUUGGGUCCAAGUAAUCAUUUUAAGCAUGUGCCAUUUAUACAAAACGUACUUGCCGUACUGAUGUUCAGUGGAGCAUUGGGUAGCUUCUGAAGUCUUUCAACACAUUUCAAUCAUGUGGUAGACAUCAUAAAUACAUAAAUAAAUAUAAAUGUUGAACACAUGGCCUGAUGUUUAUGUUAGGACGCCACUUUGAACGUGUAUGUACCAAUUUUUUUGGAAGAAAUAAAGCAAUAGUUUAAUAAAUACCUUGUUAUUGUGUAGAUGGAUGUUUUAAACCUCGCAGGAAGCUUUUUUUUCUGAGCCUCUGUUACCUGAAAGUAAAAUCACGGUUGCAAAAUGUUACAAGUGCCAAUAACUGACUUUUAUUUCUUACAGUGUUGAAAAGCAGUACAGUGAGUAUUUUAGGUUUAUUAAAGAGUAACUUGACGCCCCCUGCUGACCUCCAGUGGUUUAACUUCCACCAGAGAGGGCAGCAUUUCAGCUGUUCUGUCCCCGAGCAGGUGAGCAGCACAGAUUACAGUCUAACUGAUGGAGCUCGGCCCUGUUCUUCGUAAGUCACUGAGCUUGAUUUGACUAAUUUGACAUGACCCGUAAUUUCCAAGGUUUUAAAGAUUAAGACGAAUGACUCGCUAUCGUAUCGUAUCAACUACGUUUUGUGUCGUUAGGAGAUAAAGAUGUCUACGUCCUCGUUAUGAGAUUCAAAUCUUGUUAUUAGGAGUACAGAUCUCACCCUUUUUUCGCAUUUAAGAGAUACAUGUCAUUGUUUGGACAAAGAUGUUUUAAUUAAUAGAUGUGUACAUAGUUAUUCUGAGAUACAAAUUGUGUAAUUAUGAUGAAUGGAUCUUGUUAAGCCAACUUCAUAAAACUGACAAAUACAGCAUUUGUUUGUGUGAAAUCAAGCUAACUAUUGAAACAUAUGAAAACCAGGGCCCAUAUUUCCUCCUGCAGAAGCCUAAUGAAGUAAACCUAAUAAUUUAUUUGCUAUGAUGUUGUAUACUGACAGUUUCUGUUCUUUGGGUUUGUAGCAGAUUGCAUUUCUGAUAUAAAGUGAAACUGGUCUUAAUUGUGAUAUAACGUAGUCCAAAAAAUAAUUUUGUAUUUCUGACUAUAGAUAUUAAUGGAAAAUUAAAGUGGAAAUUGUAAUAUUA